AAUUCGAUUAAAGAUGGCUGCGCCCAUGAAAACAUGUAAACCAUUUCAUAAAAUAUUAUCGAGUUUUCACAAAUCAAAGGCAAAUAAAUUGAUUUUAUUACGGAAUUACAAAUCAGGAGAAUUGAAGAAAUUCUUUAAGAAUGCCACCAUUGUACAGAAUCAAGGUUGGUUUGAGGUAAAUUUGGAUCAAAGGAAAUUACGCACCCCAUCAGGAAACCUAUUUCAAGUUCCCAGUGAACCCUUGGCCCUAGCAAUUGCAACUGAAUGGAACUCACAGAAAGACACAAUCAAGCGACAAUCUAUGCACUUGACUACCCUUAGCAACACUGUACUGGACAACCCCAUGCACAGAACACGAGAGGACAUCAUUAGAGGGGGACUUCACUUUCUAGAGACAGACACAAUAUUAUACAGAACAACAGAACCCCCCGAGUUUUUAGAAUUACAGAGGAGAGAGUGGGACCCAGUGAUGGAGUGGCUGAGGUCCAGCUACCAGGUGGAGCUUGAGUCUACCACAUCAUUGAUGCCACCAGAGAUACCGAACGACACGGUCAACAUUAUCUCACGGAAAGUCAACUCAUUGAAUGACUGGGCAUUAGUAGGUUUUCAAUAUGGAGUGGAAAACCUCAAGUCUAUCAUACUUAUGUUAGGAUUAACAGAUAAACUUUUAACUGUGGAAAAAGCCGUGCAGCUUGCCAGACUUGAAACAGUGUACCAGACAAAGACUUGGGGUAAUGUGGAGUGGCAUCAUGAUGCUGAUAUUUAUCAGCUCCAGUGUCUUGUAGCUGCCGCAGCACUCUUUGUACACUGGUGUAGCAAUGACAUGGCAACUACUCAUAAAACAACUUACAGUGACCAAACAUAGUGGGACAUUUUGUUAUAUAUAUUCUAAUAAUAAAUUUUAUGA